AUGAACGCUUCAGACGGCCGUCAGUUAAACAGAGCUGCAGUUCUGUCUCCUACAGGAGUGGCCCGUAUGUGUCAGCUGACUCUGGGCUGUGCCGUCAUCUCAUUGGUCGUUCACACUGCCGGAUACAGCGCCACCUACGGGACAUUCUGCCUGGCGGUCUGGAGUUCAUGCUUCGCCGUCACAGGAGUGGUUUUUGUGUUGGACGUGACACGUCUUCACACGUGUCUUCCCCUGUCCUGGGAGAACGCCACCGUGACCUUCGCUGCUCUGGCCAUCCUGCUCACCCUCACGGCCUCCACGGUCUAUCCCGUGUACUUCUUGAGCUCCGAGUGUCCUCGCGACAGCUGCGAGAUAAGGAACUUCCGGAUCGCGGUCACCGUGUGCUCUUGGGCGGCUUGUGUGGCGUACGGAGCGGAGGUGCACCUGUCCCGAGGUAAACCGGGUCACGCCGCGGGUUACAUGGCGACGGCGUCUGGGAUCCUGAAGGUGGUGCAGAGCUUCACGGGAUGUCUCAUUUUUGGGUUGCUGGCCAACGGGAGUGAUUUUACGAGCCACGGCGGGACCAUCUUCUGCGUGGUGGUGUUCGUGUUGUGUUUCAGCGUGACUGUACUGGUGGUGGUUCUGACCGUCUCCGGACGCACCGCUCUCCUGCCGCUGCCCUUCCAGCGGUUUGUGGCGGUGUACACGUUCACGGCGGUGUUGCUGUACCUCAGCACGGCCGUCCUUUGGCCAAUCUUCUGUUUCGACAAAAAGUAUGGAAAACCCCUCAGACCGCAGGGCUGUCCCAGAGGCAAGUGCUCAUGGGACGUGAAACUCGGCGUGACCGUCCUCUGCUUUGUUAACCUCGCGCUGUACAUCGCUGACCUCGUCUGUUCCCAGAGGAAAACAUCUGUGAGGCAGUUUCCACGCAUGUAG